GGGUUGGCUAUCGAUGAUGAUUUUUUCGUGCGUCUGGCGGGAAAGAGAUAUCGAAAGGAAGUUUUUUGCCUAUGGAAGUGUCAGUGGGAGGAUUUCGGGGUUUUCGGUGAGAACAUGUUCAUAUACAGAUGAGUAAAUUGACAGAACUAUGGAUUCUCCACCAAAUAAACUUCCCCUAUGGAUGACAGAACCGAACAGAGUAGAUUCUGUGGGUGACAAAAAGCAGAAGAAUCCAUUCCAACCUAGUGUCCUGGAAGAUAACCUUCCAUUCUUAGAAUACGGCGGCUCUAUCAUCUACAGCUACAACGCUAAUGAUUGUUCCUUGCUCUCGGAAGAUAUUCUUGUUACCUUGCCUGUUGGAGCUGUGUUAGGAUUUGACAUUGAAUGGCCAGCCAUCUAUGCUAAAGGGAAGGAAGGAAAAGUUGCCUUAAUUCAGCUGUGCGAGUCUGAAACCAAGUGUUACCUAUUUCACAUCUCUUCUAUGUCAAGUUUUCCUGUGGGACUGAAAAGGUUGCUUGAAGAUAACACUAUUAAAAAAGCUGGGGUUGGUAUUGAAGGGGAUAAAUGGAAGCUGAUGCGGGAUUUUGAAAUCAAACUGGAGAAUCUUGUGGACUUGGCUGAUCUUGCUAAUGAAAAGCUAAAUUGUAAGGAGAUAUGGAGUUUAAAUGGCCUUGUCAAACACCUAUUACAGAAACAGCUUGUGAAAGACAAAUUGGUCCGCUGUAGUAACUGGGAACACUUUCCAUUAACUGAGGAGCAAAAGCUGUAUGCAGCUACAGAUGCAUAUGCCGGCUUCCUUAUUUACCAAAACCUAAUAAAUUUGAGUAGUGAUAAGCAGAGGCACAUUUCUUUCAAAACAGAUGGAAUGUUGCUGUCAAGUGAAAUUAAAAAAGAAUUGACAUCUUUGUCCAAGGAGAUGCUAGAUUUGGCUGAUUACCUUCCUGCCACUUUUGGCCAAUCUGCAUAUACUCAAAGUGCAACAGAAAUAUUGGCUGAUAUUUCAGAAAACAUUAAAGCUCUAAGGAGCAUAUUACUUAUCAAAUCUGAUUGCCAAAUGGAGCUGGAAAAAGCUGCCGAUGUCAGGAUAAUGUGCAAUAAAGAAGAAAAAGCUGAAGUAUCUAAAUUGACUUCCAGGAUCAUUUGUAAGUCAAACCAUUAUACUGAUAAUAAAACAGCUGGUGUUCAAAACCCCCAUAUAAAAGAUGAAGAACUGAGUAAGAAAGAACACACAGAGGAUGCUUCAGGCACAAUGUUUAAAGAAUCUACAGAAAAAGAAUUCUUAAUGUCACUAGACAUAACUGAAUAUGAACUUCAGAUGAUGGAACGUCAGGCUGAGGAAGAAAUGCUACGUGAUGCAACUUGUCUGUCUGAAGAUUUACGUUUUGUAGAGGAUGCAGAGAGUCAUCCUGAUACCAUGGAAAAGGAUGAUGAAUUUGAAAUGGAGAUGCUUAAGUCUUUAGAAGAUGCAGACCAGAGCAAUUUGAAAUGUAUGAAUUCUAGCCUGGAUAGUUUAGAGAAGCCAAAUGACCGUGCUGCAGAGGAGGAAGGAGAAGAGGGCAUUGAGGAGGAAGAGGAAAUGUGGGAUCCCUGCUUGCCUAAACCCAGCACUGAGCAAAUUGCUUGUCUAAAGAUGUAUUUUGGUCACUCAAGUUUUAAACCGGUCCAGUGGAAAGUGAUCUCCUCAGUUUUGCAAGAAAGAAAAGAUAAUCUAGUUGUCAUGGCAACUGGAUAUGGAAAGAGCUUGUGCUUUCAGUUUCCACCUAUGUGCACUGGAGGUACUGGUAUAGUAAUCUCCCCCCUUAUUUCUUUGAUGGAGGACCAAGUACUACAACUCAAAAUGUCAGGAGUUCCAGCUUGCCUGCUUGGAUCAGCACAGUCAAAAAAUAUCAGAGAGGAAAUCAAAGCGGGCCAGUAUAGAGUCGUCUAUUUAACUCCAGAAUUCUGUUCAGGGAACCUCUUGUGGCUUCAGCAAAUUGACAAAGCAAUUGGCAUCACAUUAAUAGCAGUUGAUGAAGCUCACUGUAUUUCGGAGUGGGGACAUGACUUCAGGGAUUCUUUCAGGUCUUUGGGGUUGUUAAAGAAAACCCUUCCUAAGGUUCCUAUUGUUGCGUUGACUGCAACAGCAAGCCCUUCCAUUAGAAAGGAUAUAAUAGACUGUUUAAAUUUAAGAAAUCCUCACAUUACUUGUACUAGUUUUGACCGGCCUAAUCUAUACCUAGAAGUUAGACGAAAAUCUGGAAAUAUAAUCCAGGAUUUAUUGCAGUUCCUUAGUCAGAAAGACAAGUCUACUUAUGAAUUUGAAGGCCCCACUAUUGUUUACUGUCCAUCAAGGAAGGUGACUGAACAAGUAGCUGUAGAGCUAAGAAAAUUAAAUCUUGUUUGUGGUAUAUACCAUGCUGGCAUGGGAAUCAAGGCAAGACGAGCUGUCCACCAUAAAUUCAUGAGAGAUGAAAUUCAGUGUAUAGUAGCUACUAUAGCCUUUGGAAUGGGCAUUAAUAAAGCAGACAUUCGGACAGUUAUACAUUAUGGAGCCCCAAAGGAAAUGGAAUCAUACUACCAGGAAAUUGGAAGAGCUGGUCGUGAUGGGCUUCCAGCCUCUUGCUAUGUAUUGUGGACUCCAGCUGACAUGAGUUUCAAUAGACACCUGAUCAGUGAGAUACGUGAUGAUACUUUUCGCCUGUACAAACUGAAGAUGAUGGCCAAGAUUGAGAAAUAUCUCAGCUUAAACAGCUGUAGGCGAAAAAUCAUCUUGUCUCAUUUUGAAGACAAACAACUCCGAAAGGCAUCGUCAGGCAUCAUGGGAACAGGAAAAUGUUGUGAUAAUUGCAGAUCGAGGAACAUUCACGGUGCUCCUGUAGUUGACACACAAGACAGUUUUGAAGACUUUGGUCAACAAGCAUACAAACUGAUGUCUGCAGUAUGUGCUUUAAAUGAGAGAUUUGGCAUGGGUGUUCCAAUUCUGUUUCUCAGAGGAUCUUCUUCUCAGCGUCUCCCAGACAAAUUCCGGACUCACGCUCUGUUUGGUAGUGGGAAGGACUGGCCGGAGAACUUGUGGAAGGCAUUGGGCCGACAUCUCAUCUUUGAGGGUUUUCUUAAAGAAGUUUCUGGUCAAAACAAGUUUUCAGUCAUGUGCAUGCUUACUGAGAAGGGUAAAGAUUGGCUCAGUAAAACAAGAAAAGAGCCGGGGCAAAGUCUUUUACUUCAGUCUGAUGAGGAACUAUGUUUAAAGAAAUCUGCUGCAAGCUAUAAACAAACCGCUGCAGAGGCAGGACAUUUCUCUGGUGCUGGGUUACCUCAGUCGACAACCAGGAAACAGAAGACAUCUCUGCAUGAAAUGUUUUCCUAUUCAGAAGUUAGUAAGAUCCCCAGCUGGAGUAGGCUUUCAGAUAAAAGUAGUGCCACUGUGCAGCUGUCACCACACUGUGACCCUCUGAGUCUUACCGAAAAUGUUAUACCUGAAAGGGAGAAGGUAUUGCAGACAGUACUAUAUGGCAAGUUAGUGGCAACCAGGCAGAAACUUGCCAGUGAAAAAGACAUCCCUCCAGCUGUACUUGCAACAAAUAAAGUGCUGGUCGAUAUGACUGUGAUAAGGCCUACAACUCUGGAAAUUAUGAAGAGAAUUGAUGGCAUUUCUGAAGCAAAAUCUACCAUGUUGGCUCCUCUUCUAAUCAUAAUCAAGGAAUUCUCCCAGACAAAUAAUUUACAGACAGACGUCUUCAGGAAUUCUAGAAUGAGAGAUCAGCCAGAUACAGUCCUUCAGGUGGACUGCGGGUACAACACUCUGACAGAAUCAGAACAUAAAUCCUACACUUUGUUUCAAGAUAAGAAUACGUCCGUGGAGGAUUCAGUGAAGCCACUUAUUCAGAAACCCAGUUCUGAGUCCUAUGGAAAUAUAAAGCAAAAUACCUCAUGUGCGGAUUCUUUAUCCUGGAUACAGUGUAAUAAAGAAAAGCAAGUCCUUAGUGCUAAACAGGAUGUCCUGAACCGUCAGAAUGCCAUCAAAUUGGCUUCAUGGAACCAGCACACAGCUAAUGUUGAGGAAGAUCUGUUUACUGAUUCCCAGUCAGAGCUGUUAAAUCAGCCUUCAAAGAGGAAAUUACCAGAGUGGUUUGGAACUUCAAAGGAAAUAGUUCCUCAUGUCAAAGCAUCUAAAAAAUCCAGAGGAGGGAGCAAAGGGCUCUUUAGUUGAAGCUGGAAAUAGCAUAACAGUGUAUUUACACAUAACAACUGACUACAGUUUGGCAUUCUUCUACUUCAUUCCGUCUGACUCAAGUGAGUUUUACAUUAACACCUCUUCCGGAACAAUUUCUGGGACUUAUCAAGCUCUGAAAGUGAGCCCAGGCAAAGAAAGAAGAAAAAGAGUAAUAGAUUAAAUCAGACUGCACAUUGAAAGGAAUUUUCCUCACUUAGCACGCAUUGACCUGGUGAAUAGCUGCUUCCCAAAUUUAAUCACCUAUUAAGGAGGAUAUGACCUGAACCCAUGUUCAGGAACAGCUGAAUUCUCAAAAAUAUAUAUGUAUCAUAUGAUUCUUCUUCAAAUGUUAUGCUGACAUUAGGAGGAGGACUGUAUUUCCAUGAAAUGGGCAUGCCCAUAUUUUUUAUUUGUAGUACACAUUUUUAAAGGAGAUAUUCCAAUGAAAAGUAUGAUUCAGCAGGAUACUGUGGUGCAAUGCUACUUAAUUUCUUAAUAUUGUUAACAUUUUUUUCUUCUCUUGCAAUUAAUUUCGGCACUUUCUUACAAGAAAUAAAACUUGUUUAUCAUUAAAAACUGAUUCAAUUCAGUGUUUGGGAUGAAAUGAGAAUAAAAAGAUUAGCUUCUCAUGGA